UACAUUGCAUACGAUUUCCAAUGUAUUCGACAUUGUCGGGUUAGGUUUUAAUCAGAGUUAUGAGCAAAAUUUAGUUUCAAUAACGAUUAAAUUCAUUUAAGUGAUUAUUGUAAAACAAUAGGGUUUUGUGAAAGAUGGUAAUCUUCCUUACACUCUUGGGCUGGACUAUUUUAAUCCAACCAACGCUCGGAGCUCCUCCAGACUGGCCUAAAGUGUGUCCCGAAAUUAUAUCAAAAACAAGAUGGGGAGCGCGUACACCCAUAGCCGUGGACUAUGGAAGAGUGCCCACUCCAAAUAUUGUUAUACAUCACACAGUGACUAACGAAUGCAGCACGGAAUCCGCCUGUAUGCAAUUAUUAAGAAGCAUACAGAACUUUCACAUCGACACCAUGGAGUUUCAGGACAUUGGAUAUAAUUUUGUGAUAGGAGGUGACGGGCAAGUGUACGAGGGUGCUGGAUGGCAUAAAGUAGGAGCUCACACCAGGGGUUACAAUACAAGAUCGCUGGGCAUCGGUUUCAUAGGCAAUUUUAGCGAUAAACUACCAAACCAAAAAAUGUUGACGGCGCUAAGAAAUUUUCUGCAGUGCGGCGUGGAACUGGGUGAAAUUGAAAGCGACUAUAGGCUGUUCGCUGCAAGACAAGUUAGCAGCACGCUAAGCCCGGGAACCAGAUUUUAUCAUGAGUUGAAAAACUGGCCACAUUUUGCACCGUCUCCAUAAAAAACAGUUUAUUAAACAACGCAUUCUCUAUAAAUUAGCCUUUUUAAGGUAACGUGUAAUAAUUUAAGUAAACAUAAUUUUUUUUUGUAGAUGUAUUUUUUUACAUUUAUAUCAGCGUGCUUAUCUCUGAGGAGCGUUUAGCCUGCCAGUGAACUUGGCUCUCGAUUUUUUAUGAACGAUGCCUUCGUGUGCAUGUAAAUGACAAAUGUGAUGAUUGAAUAGUAUAUAUUAUGCAACAAGCGCGGUAAACGGCAUCCGAGACAAGAGUUUAUUUGUCACGAGCGGAGCGAUUGGUUAAUAAACGAGUGACUUAAAUAGUUUACCAAACGUGUUGCAUAGUAUACUUUUUCUACGACCGUUAGUUUUUGAGUACUUUUUGCAAACAACACUGAAACAUUUACUGACAUGACCGUCAGAAUUGACAAAUGUCAACAUUCAAGCCGUGCGGUAAAAUCUCCGAAAAAAUCCGACUGCUUCCAAACCAGUGCAGUAUUAUCCCCGAAAUGUCCAAAGUGGCUUAGAUCAGUGGGACAUGAAAAGUCACGUGGUAAAGUGACGCUUCCUGCACGCUAGUACGUUUGUAAUUAAUUAUUUUACAGAAGGGAUUAUAAAAAAAUUAGAUUCUCAAUUUUUUUUGGUUAGUUUUUGGUACUUUUGUGAUUCUGAUUAGACGCAAGUCUCACUUUUAUGCAGUUUAUUAACGGAUUUUUAAAGGGCUGUUCCAAGUGUAUGAUAAUGCUUAAAUAAAAGUAGUUAAAAAAAAGUUAAUUUUCUAGAAAACUGCUGAUUUGAUUUGGACAAAUAUUUUUUAAAUUGAAGCUUAAAUCGUCGGAAACAAUUUAAAUAUGAAAAACAUUUUUAUUAGCGUGAAUGUUCGAUUUAAUUUUUUUGUUUGCCAACUGCCGCUCUUACCCAUGUCAGGACCAGAAAAUGCAAUUAAUACUCUGUGUCGUGACUAUAAUGACGUUUAUCAAACUUGUAUAAUGUAUUUAUUUCGUUGUCAUCUUUUUUUUUGGCAAAACACAAUUGAAAAAUAGAUUCCUUGCUUUUAUUUGCUAGAAGUAAGCAGUUAAAGAAAAAUCCUACUCGGAACAACUUUUUGGAUCUGAUAGAUAUUCCACAUUUAUAGCUUUGUUCUUAGAAAGCAAUCACAAAUCGGUUCUCGAUCGACUCACAAAUAGUUUUAGUGCGCAAAUUAUAAUCGAUCAGAAACAUCUCCUAACAGUGGCCAUUUGGUCCCAUUCCACUGUUUUUCGUAAAAUUUAAAACUACUGAAUACAUUUUGAGUUCCAAAGAAAGCACUUAACUAAAUAGGAGACGAGAAUUGGGUCACUGUCACCAAUCGGAAGAUUUUGUACCAUCUUAGUUUGUUGCCAUUGGAAGGUCUGACGCUCAUCUCAUCAAAUAUUAUAUUUAAUAUUCAUGAACCUUUAAAAUAUUAAGAUUGACGAGAGUUUACAUUAACAUUAAAAAGAUUGUCAACCUUUAGCUUUUCAUUUAUUUAUUUGAAAUCAAAUAUGCACAUGUGCAUUACAAAUGUCAGUUGUGUCUGUUGCUUUAUGCUCAGAUUUUAGACUGAAAAAUAAAUUUUGGAUACUUGCUAUUUUCUGUAGGAAAGUUUAAAAAUUGAAUUAUUUACUAUAAAGAAAGAGAACUUCUCCAGCAUGUGCCGUUAAUUUUUAAUUAAUUCACUAAAGGGCACGGUGAAGCCUUGUUUCCUUAAUUUUAAUAUUAUAUUAGUUACAAAUUAAUGUUUCUUUACUUUUAUUGUGUAUUUCUUUGCUUUUUAGUUUGUAUAUUGUACAGGUUUAAGUUAAGUAAGGAAAUAUAACUUAAGACAUUUUUGUGAUCCCACAUUUUUAUGGAACGCC